UUCACCGGAGUGCUUCAAACUGUCUACCUUUGUCACUGACAACGCCGCGUCACUUUGAUGGGGAAUUCGAUAUCAGGGCGGGAAAAUGCCUGUUAUGAAGGGAUUGCUCGCGCCACAGAACACAUUUUUGGAUACUAUAGCGACGCGUUUUGACGGCACACACAGCAACUUCAUCCUGGCCAAUGCACAAGUGUCCAAAGGCUUCCCGAUCGUGUACUGCUCGGAUGGAUUCUGUGAGCUUUCUGGAUUUGCCCGAACCGAGGUCAUGCAGCAGAGCUGUGCAUGCAAAUUUCUGUAUGGGCCGGAGACCAGCGAGCACAUCAUUCUUCACGUGGACUCUGCACUUGAGGAUCGUAGCGAGCUCAAGGAGGAGAUAAUGUUCUACAAAAAGAACGGUAGUGUGUUCUGGUGUCUGCUGGAUAUUGUGCCUAUCAAGAAUGAGAAGGGAGAUGUGGUCCUCUUCCUUGCUUCUUUUAAAGACAUCACUGACACCAAAGCCAAAUCUAUACUUGAGGAGAAGAAAGAAGAGUGCUGCCGCGAGAAGGUCAAAGGCGGGUCUCCGUUUGGCUCCACUCGGCUGCGAUCUAGCACAGUUCUCUACCAUAUUUCAGGACACCUGCAUAACCGUCAAAAACAAAGUAAAAUCAAACUUAACAAGAAUGUUUUUGGUGAUCCACCUGCUCUUCCUGAAUAUAAAGUUGCUGAUGCCAAGAAGUCGAAGUUCAUUCUUCUCCACUUCAGCACCUUCAAGGCGGGCUGGGAUUGGCUGAUCCUUCUGGCUACAUUCUAUGUCGCUGUGACGGUGCCGUAUAACGUUUGUUUUAUUGGUGAUCAGGACUUGACACGUAGCACCACUGUCACUGACAUUGCCGUCGAGAUUCUUUUCAUCAUUGACAUUGUGUUCAGUUUCCGCACUACAUACGUGAGUAAGUCGGGGCAGGUGAUCUUCGAUGCGCGGCAGAUCUGCAUCCAUUACAUGACCACCUGGUUCAUCAUCGACCUGGUUGCCGCUCUGCCCUUUGAUCUCCUUUACGCUUUCAAAGUCAGCGUGGUGUCAGUGGUGCAUCUGCUAAAGACCGUGCGCCUGCUGAGGCUCCUACGUCUGCUGCAGAAGAUGGACCGCUACUCCCAGCACAGUACGGUGGUGCUGACCCUGCUCAUGUCCAUGUUUGCACUGCUGGCUCACUGGAUGGCCUGCAUCUGGUACAUCAUUGGCAAGAAGGAGGUGGAGAGCAACCCAGACACCUGGGAUAUUGGUUGGCUGCAUGAGCUCGGGAAGCGGUUGGAGUCUCCAUACGAGGGGGUGAGCAUGGGAGCGGUCAACAGAACGCUGAGCAGUGGACCGUCUUUGCGGAGCAUCUACAUCGCAGCGCUGUACUUCACCCUCAGCAGCCUGACCAGCGUGGGCUUCGGAAAUGUCUCUGCCAACACAGACGCAGAGAAGAUCUUCUCCAUCUGCACCAUGCUCAUUGGAGCGCUGAUGCACGCUCUGGUCUUUGGCAACGUGACGGCCAUCAUCCAACGCAUGUACUCGCGCUGGUCCUCUUACCACACACGAACUAAGGACCUGAAGGACUUCAUCCGUGUGCACCACUUGCCCCAGAGCCUGAAACAGCGCAUGCUGGAGUACUUCCAGACCACCUGGUCUGUCAACAACGGUAUCGACUCCAAUGAGCUCUUGAAAGACUUUCCAGAUGAGCUGCGUUCGGACAUUGCGAUGCAUCUGAAUAAAGAGAUCCUAGAGCUGUCUGUCUUCUCCUCUCUGAGCCGUGGAUGUCUCCGCUCUCUCUCCCUGCACAUAAAGACUUCGUUUUGUGCGCCGGGCGAGUACCUUCUUCGUCAGGGAGAUGCUUUACAGGCUCUUUUCUUUGUCUGCUCCGGCUCAAUGGAGGUGCUAAAGGACAGCAUGGUGCUAGCCAUCCUCGGUAAAGGCGACCUGAUUGGUGCAAACAUGUCGGUUGGUGACCGUGUGAUAAAGACGAAUGCUGACGUGAAGGCUCUGACGUACUGCGACCUGCAGUGCAUUAAUCUGAGGGGUCUGUAUGAGGUGCUCGACCUGUAUCCUGAAUACUCCCACCGCUUUGUACAGGACAUAACACACGACCUCACCUACAACCUGAGAGAGGGACAAGAGAGCCAUGUCAUAUCCAGGAUGUCCAGCAAGUCCAUGGACACACAGAUGGAGGGGAGGGGAAAUGGAGACGUGAUCCAGUGCUAUCCACCAAUAGCUGAGCAUCAAGACGAGGGAGAUGAUGAUGAUGAAGAUGAUCGGAUUCAGUUUCUCAGCGGUGGAACCAAACAGAAAACACACAUGCAGAAAAAUUAUCACCAAACCAACAAAAAGCUCCACAUUCAGCAUACCACUGUCACAAAGCCUGACCUCGCAAAUCUCAGCCCAAGGGUUGUGGACGGCACAGAGGACACUGAUGGUACAGAAAAUUCACACACAUUCAUAUUUUCCUCUGGCCAUCAGCACACCGUCAGCGGUGCAACUAAUACCACUGCCACCACAGCAGAAUUAGCAGCUAAUUCAGAGGACACCAAAGGACAGCUACGCCACCUUAACCAAGAGGUGAACUCUCUCGGACGGGAGGUGGCUGAGCUGGGACGAGUCAUGCGGAGUCUUGCCUUUCUCAUCGAAUCCAUGAUGGCCUCUCCUCAAACCCCAGGUGUCUGUACAUCCACAUUUACCUCGGGACAUCCUUCACCUCCCAUCCCCUUCCCGAGCCAGGGUUCUUCUUGGACCAGCCCUCUUUUUUCUUCACCGAUGCACCCUGGAAUACAUCCAGGAGGACUUGUAUCCCAUCCGCUCAGACCACAAGAACUGCAGCUGGUCUGCCCCACCACAUCUCCCGGUUCCUUUUCCAUCACACUUUCCCCAUCCCCCAAUACAGACAGAUUCAGAGAGCCAUUAUUGACCCUUUCGCCGCACAGCACAGUCGCUCGGACCCGCUCGCAGAGCCUGGAGACGCCUCUUCCGCAGCAUCACCAACACAUCUCACACACCCCUGGAACUUUACCCAGAGCUGGACAGCCAUCGCUGGGAGAAGGGGAGGAUCUCAGGUCCCUGGGUUUGUAGCAGUCAACCAUUAAAACGGACAAGUUCCACUGGAAUCUGCGUGUUUACCUGGACUCAGGUCUGGACUGAUAAGAUAAGUGGUACACGCACUGCCAAAGCCAUGGAGCAAUGGUUCCUUCGAAAAUAUAUGUGUUUACCAUCUCAGUUUUUAAGAUAAUCUCACUAAUGGCAUGUCUUUCAAUGCUAGAAACUAAAGGGAUAUCUCUAAUCAGGAAAACUAGUUGGAACAGCAGAAAGUUUAACCUACCAAAAGUAAAACAAACUGUUUGUGAUUCAGAUUCAACCCACAUUUCAUGUUGACAGCAUUCAUUAUACAUCCAAAUACUGUUCAUAUUAAGCCAGUUGCAUACAGCCACUAUGUUAAGACUGUGUCAGUUAUUCAUUCAUAGUAGAGCAAUUUACCUUUUAUGUAACUGACUUAAAGAAAUAUCUGUCAAAGUUUUACCAAACUUUUAAUUUAUUCUAAUCAUCAAUACCUACAUAAAGUCCCUCACAAGAGUUCUGUGCAAUGAAAAGUUACACUUUAUCAACACCAUCUAGAACAUGCUGUCAGUUAUCAGUUUGACAGUGGUCCUCAGGUUCUACGUUGCAAUUAUAUUAAUGCAAUUCCAAUGGCUUUCUAUAGAAUAGGCACUAAAGUACACACUGUUUUUCUGAAAACUUGUCCAAAAUUGCCAUAAUGUCACUAUUCUCAUAGCACCAGUUAUAAGGAGGAAACAUUAGGGAUGCACCGAUACCACUUUUUCCAGUACUCACCCGAUACCGAUGCUUUUAUUUUUGGUACUUGCUGCUACCGAGUACCAAUACCGAUAUUUUCUUUGCAUUUGUAAAUUUUUUAAAUAUUGACUACAGAAACCAAAAGAGUAUGUAUAAUGUUAAUUGAUUAACUUAAUUUAUCAAAUAGAUACAGUCAAACAAAAAUUAUUCAGACACCUUCAACAUUUCUCACAUUAUCACAGUUUAUUUGCUAUAGUUUAUGGUAGUUAAUGGACAGCUGUUAGUAUAACAAUAUUUACACAACUAUCAAUACUUUUUCAACCCUUGGCCUUAAUGACAGCCUGUAGUCUCCUGGGCAUGCUGUCAACCAGGUUCAUGCAAACCUGAACUUUCCAAAUUUGUAUCAGUUUUAUUGGUAGUCAACUGUAUGAAGAAUUUUUGGGUAUAAUAUGUCACAGUUUACUUUAUUUUGCUAUCCUCACUUUCAUAAAUGAACUAGUGUCCUGCACCCACUAGUUCGAAAAUAUAUCGAACUAUUGCUGUGUAUUUUCAUAAAUGAACUAGUGUCCUACAACCACUAGUAAAAAAUAUCCAAAAAUUAUAUUUGGUCCCUGAAUAAUAUUUGGUUUGACUGAAUAUCCUUCGGUUAUUUUCACACUUAAUUAUGCACAUUAAAAUGUAUUUUACAAGUUUUUUGUUACUUUCACUGGUCUUUUUUUUUAUUAUUAUUUUUUUUGCUCUAUGGUACAUAAUCUUUAAUUUAAUAGCAUUAUAGCUGCUCCAUUGCAGCGGCUCAGUACUGUAAUCACGCGUUUUGGUGUAAUAAUGCAGGGAACACUCGUUUUAAAUCUCUUAAUUGUGAUAUUUCCAGAAAUAGAAGUUGCGUUUUCUCUUUUUUUCUUCAUUUGAAAUGCUGCGAUUUAUAUUCCAAAGCCACUCAUAUAAUGCAGAAACACUCAUGAAGCAAGCAAAACACACGCAACACACGCACGUAUUUGUACUGGUGCAGAAUGAGAGGGACAAUACAGGACAGCCUAGCGCAUUUCACACAGGCUGCUAGUUUCACUUUCGCCAGAAAGUCGUGUAUGCUUAUAAGGUUGAAAAUAAAUUGUUUAUAGUGAAUGCCCCUAUAAAUUGUCUUAUAUUUACAAUUUAGUUUUAAUCCUAAUGAUGCAAACAUCAAUAAAGAUCACACAACAGAAGUGUGCGCGCUCUCUCUCUCUCUCUCUCUCUCUCUCUCUCUCUCCCCCUCCCUCCCGUUAAGUAACUUGUGCAUUGUUUUACUUACUUGUUUUUGACGUAUCUGACCGAACUCCAAACUUUCCAGUGAUGUCUGUGAGAAAGGGAUAUUCACUCGACGAGCUCGCGCCUCUGCGCCUCCGCGCGCUCAAUCCACUCAGCGUGCUUUGCUUAUCAACUCACGCACAUCAGUUAUAGGUGUUAAUACUGAAUGUUUAACAUUAUUCAUUGCAUACAUCUGCUUCGUAGACAUCCUUAGUCUCUAAUAACUCUAAUAUCAUUCUGCUGCCUGUUGUUGAUGUUUCUUUGUCUGAAUAUGGCACUUAUCACAUGCUGUGUGGUAUCGGCGUUUGGUAUCGGGGCAUUUUUUAACCAGUACGAGUACAGGAGCUCAGUAUCGGUGCAUCCCUAGAAAACAUAUAAGAAUUAUGUUGGUAAUAUAAUCAGAUGUUAACAAACUUAUUUUCAACUUGGAACAUUCCUUCACACACUGUACUUCUAAGAAUUUUAUGGAAACACCGUGAUUGAAAAGAUAGGAAAUAAAAUUCGCAUUCUGAGUAGUAAAAGGAGAAGACUGAAGAGACUCCCCUAUUCAGUGAGCCAAAUGAUUUAUAUUAGAAAAUCAGCUCUUUAAUCAGAUUCUUAAAAGUAUGAGUUCUUCUAAUCAAGCUGUGCAGUGCUUGAUAACUGACUUUAUCUUCUAAUUUAGUCAGAUUAGCCCUGUAUAGUGUAAAAAUGCAUUGUAUCUGCUAUGUUUAACAAACUUAACUAGUUGAUGGGUUGUCUAAAAAACGAGUCAGUCUAAAAUAAGCAUUGCAUAAUUAAUAAUAGUCAUGUCAUUUCCACUGAAUACUAAUCAGACUAGUUAGGCAUGUAAAAUGCUUAAAAAUCUGUCAGCGAUAAACUGACAAAUAUUUAGUAUAUAACUAAUAACUAACCUUAGUUAAUAACUAACCUUUAAUUGCACAAAACUAUCAUUGUCCUCACAUAAAAAGAAGAUGGAUUAUGCACAAUAACAGGAACAUUGCGCACAGCAAGCAAUCUGAAGUUUGACAGUAAUUGUCUUGGAAUUUAUUGUUGAAGGUUGUGAAUUAGUUACAAAAGCGGUGCUUUGAUGACUGUAGCGAUGAGGUUUUAAAAGGGAUGAAUUUAGAAACUUAGAGAGGGCUGUAUGCUGGACAGGUAACUUGUUAGAUUUUUUGCAUGCUAAAUUACAGCAUGAUGACAGCAUGCUAAAAGCCUUUGAGAAGCUGCAUCCCCUUUUAAACGCCACUGCUGAUGCUAAUCACAGAAACGGAUAAUGCUUUUCAUAUGAUUUGUUAAAAUUAGUUAAUGCAUUUGGUAUAAUCAACUAAUAUUGACAGCAUUUAUUGUUCAUCAUAUAUUUAUUAAUGUUAAUUUGUGAAUAUAUUUUACUUCAUAUUCAUAUAUAAUACAACAAUUAACAUAUUUUUACAAUUUUGUAACAGUGUUGUUGAUGCUUGAACUUAAAUUUAAAACUAUUAUAAAUGAUUGAUGAAAAUAGAAACAAAAUUAGAAAUACUGCCUUGAAAAAUGACAAACUAAAUAAAAAUAAGAAAUAAUGCUAAAUUCUUAAUAUUAAAAAACACAUAAAAUGACAAAAGCACAAAAACAUUACUAAAACUUUAAAAUGAAAAUAAAAAUAAAUUAGAACUAAAUUCUAAAUAUGAAACAGAACUUAACAAAAAUAGCAAAAGCACAUAACAUUACUAAACUUAAAAUUAGAAAACGUAAUUAAUUAAAUCUGAAUUAAUUCAGAUUGAAUGAACUAAAUAUGAAAUAGAACCUAAUACAAAUAACAAAAAGUCCAUUACAAACCGACUAAAACUUAAACUAAAAUUAAAAUAUAAUAAAAGCCCAUUCAAUACAAUAAUAAAUACUAUAAUAGAAUUUGCUGCUCAUGUGACCAGAAAUUGAAAUGACUUCGGGUGGCUUCACAUCACUUGCAGUGUGAACAUCUCGUAAACUCCAUAAUCAACUUCAACAAGACAAGACUGAUUGUUUGCUUUACAUUAAAACUAUUAUAAACCACAAAUGCUCACUUUAAAGUUUUCCAGGAUAUCCCUUUAGUUUCUUUGUAUUUGUUGUUUUUAAUUGCAUGACUUCUGAAGAGGGUGGAGAGUAUACCCUUGCAGUAGGUUGUAGAGAUGCCAUGUAGGGUUGUGCAGUAGACACCAUAGAAGCAUGAAGGUCAUCUUGACACACACUGUCUCUCCUCUGUGUUCUCCUCCGCUUGGCCCUCAGGGCAGGAGGGAGGAACAGCAGGGACGAGUCUUACACAAUGUGCGGACGCUGUAUGAGAGUGCAUGUACUUGUGCGUUCAGCGGGGAAACAGGGUUAUAAUACUGUAGCCAUGUACUAAAGGGGUAUUUGUGGCAGAGGUUUCUGAAGGAAUGGGAUCUGGGGCAUGAGGGAGGGGUGCUCAAACGCUGGAGUUUAUUAUUAGUCGAAGUUGAAUUGACAUGGGGAAGGGGGGUUUCUGUUUGCUUGCUCUUUAGGACUGGUCUUGGGGGAUUGGUUGCCGGUGGCAAAGUGGCCCCUGCUGUCAAUCGUCUCUCCCUGGCACAGAUGUGGUCUGUCUGCUUUGCCUGUCUCCCUCUCUUUCUCUGCUCACUUUCCUUCCAUUUCACAGUCUUAAUCUGGGAGCGUAUUGCAAACCUCCUACUCCUGUUUUCACCAUUGACCUUACUUAGUCAUUCAUUUUAAAGGGAUGCUUCACCCAGAUAUGAAUAUUGUGUCAAUAUUUACUCGCCCUCACGUCCUUCCAAACCUGUGUGACUUACUUUCUUUGGCGGAGCACUCAAAAAAUAGUUUUUUGAGAAUGUUUAAGCUGUCGUGUGUUCUUUCGUAUGAAGAACAGACAAAUAUUAGCUUUUUACAGUGUGGGACGAUGUAAGAGUGUGUAGAUGAUGCCAGAAUUUAUUUUGUGCUGAACUGUCCAUGUUAACUGUUCAACUCUUAUCCUAUAUGCAUUCUGUAUGUAUCAUCCUGUCUCUUUUAUCCUCCUAUUGGAAACUGCAUGUCAGACUUUAUAUUUCCUUGUCGCUGUAAAGGGUGACUGAUAUAGCCAAUACCGUAUUUAUUCUACUUGACAUUUCAGGUAUAAUAACAUGACAUUUUCAGACUUUUUAUAUAAUGUAUAAUCUAAACCGGCCACCAAAAGUCUUCAUCACUGCUUUGAGUCAGCUUGAUAUUUCCUCCCACAAUUCAGGACAGACUGUGUCUUCUUGCCCCUUCCUGCAGAACUCCUCCUCUCCAUCCCUCUGCCAGUCACGGGACGCCGAUAUGCCAAGCUUGAGCAUAGGGGUUUACAUUUUUAUAUUUCUAUGAAUGUAUCUCAACUAAAGGUGUAUUUUUGUACCUCUAAAAACAAAGGACAGCUUCUGGAUUCGUGAAUAGACUGCUGGGAAUGGAUGCAAUAUGUUUGGCUACCGGAGGAAUUGUGGGAAUCAUAUUCCAAUGCAACAAUGAAUCUCGGAUGGCUCUGUGAAACUCUCCUCUCUCCAAUACUACCGGGAAUGUAAUCACGUUAUUUAAAUUCUUUUUGUUUUGAUAUUAUUAGUGAAAAACCUGUAAUGCAAAUAAAUGA